AUGUUUACAAAUGUGGCUGCGAGGGUGAGAGCCGGUGGGCUCCUGGUCGCUCGGCUCACUCAAUCCCCCCCUGCUACAGGGUCGUCUACGUCUUUCCCGACUGCGCCAGUAACAGCAGAGUGCUCAGGCCAUGUGGACGAGGGAGAGGACUUCUUGGCUGCUGCCGUUCGAGAGACGCAAGAGGAGGCGGGCAUCUCCCCCAGCGAUCUUCGCCUCAUCGAAUCCUUCAACAAGGACCUCUUUUACGAGGCACGAGGAAAGCCAAAACAGAGUCGCUACUUCCUUGCGGUUCUGAAAAAUCCGCAAACCCCCGUGAUGCUCUCGGAUGAACAUUCGCACUUCCAAUGGGCUGCGUGCGAGGAGGCAGCGGCCUUGUGCGGCUUCGAAGAUAUGGGGAGGCUGCUGAAGGAAGCAGACGCUUACCUCCAACAACAGAUCAUAAGCCCCACGACCUAG